AUGGAUCCAAUUCCAUGGGACCAGGUCAAGGCUGGGGAUCUGGAUGCCCUGCGGGUCGCACUCUUCUCGAGUUCGACCUCGCGCAGGCUCCGGGCCCUGCAAGAACUUCGCGAUAGGAGCGGGUCCGAACUACCUCCGGAAUCCCAGCAUGACAUCCUAGCGCUUCUGUUUCUGACCUAUCCUCUCUACGUCGACCGACCAUCGCGACAGGCCGUCCAACAAUGUCUCCGCUCCCUCCUCCGAACGCCGAACGCCGCCGAUCACCUCAAAUAUCUGACCGAGAAACUCAAGGCAGAGGCGGUCAAGCCAGGUCUGGCUUCAACGGCGGGUUUUGUCCUGCUGGAGUGGUGCUGCAUUCUGUUGCAGCAGGUCAGCGAGGAUUCGGCCGCGCCCUUGGCAAUCGUGCUGGAUUUGAUUGCGGUGGACGCCAAGGCUUUGGAGAACUGCUUUGCCCAUACCCCCAAGAUCCCAGUCAGGCAGUCAGCUCUCCGGGUUACUAGGCGGGCUCUCCGUACGACUUUCUCCUGCCAGACAUGGGGCGAGGAAGCUGUGCGCCAAUCGAUUAGCCAAUUGACCACGGAUGCGGCAGCUGGCAAUAAGAAUGCACUACUGCUUGGAGUCAUCUCUGGAGUGUGUGCUCGACUGCCUGCCCGCAAGCCGAUCCUUGAGCAAUCCAAGAAGGCAAUCUUGGACUAUUAUGUCAAGGAGAUCGUGAGCUCUAAGUCGGUCGUGCCUGCUCACGUGGCGGACGGCCUGUCGGAUUUUUUCAGUUCAUUUGUCACUGCAGAGGAUGUGACUACCGAGUUGGUGCCCCCAAUUGAGAAAUCUAUGCUGAGGGCGCCGGAGGUGAUCAUGAAUGGUGUGAUCCCACCACUUUGUGCGUCGCUGCCAGAGGACAUCGACCUCUCGGAGGUCGUCCUCUCUCGCCUGUCGAAGCACCUCCUCUCUAGCAUGAAGUCCAACAAUGCGAACAUUCGGCAAGGGGCUGCUGAUUCAUUCAGUUCAUUAGUUACACGAUGUAAAACAGAUACCUUGGUCCUGAAGAUCACCAGCGAAAUUGUCAGCCCCCUAAAGACACAAAAGAUCACUGCCCCAGAACACCGUGUCGCCUACGCUCAAGCUAUCGCCGCUAUUCCGUCGUCUGCGGAUGUCUCUAAAGAGAUUGUCCAGGGAUUCGGCCCCGUCUUCACGAGGGAGGCCAAUGAAGCUGCUCUGGAAGAGGAGCUGAAGUCUUUCGGCAAGCACCUUGCUUUCCUUAUCCAGUCGUCCGUCAAGGUCGGUGACGACGUUGUUAAUGCUGUUGUUAAGGGCAUCUCCGAUAAACGAGUGCCAUUCCGAAAGAUUUGGCAACUUAGUGUGGGAGAGGUGCUCUGGAAAUCCGAUGUUGCGUCUCUGAAGACUGCUGAGAUCGAGCCGUUGGUUACCAAGUUCCUAGCUAAGAUGAAGGACAUGUUCGGAGAGGUCGCCUCGAACCCGCUCCCUUCGGCACAAAGCGGUGCUUUGUCUUCUGCAUAUAUUUUCCUUGCGCUAUUCCAGCGUGUCUCGGAUAUUCAUGGAUCAGAAAAGGCUACAUGGAAUGAGAAGGUCACUCAGGCUAUGACCAUGGGCACGAAACCCUCUUUCCUCCUUAACCCCAAGGCGUACUCGAAACUCACGUCCUCCCUUGAGAUGCAGUGGCUGGUCCGAGCUUUGGCUGCCAUCACAUCAGGCGCCAAGUUCGCUGCCGCCGAGGAUACUGCCAAGGCUGCUUGGGCGUUGUCUUUUAUCUAUAGCAUAACCGGUCCCUCUUUGGCAACAAGCUAUCGAGAGAGUGCCGUGGAAACUCUAUCCACAGUUUAUGUGAAAGAUGUGGUUUCCAUCGGCCAUGUUAUUAUCAACGCUCUCUGGUCUUGGAUUCAUUCAUUCCGAACAGCGGAGAAGGAGUCAGCCGCUGUCUCUGCCGGGCCUGGUAGCGAACGUCUGCUUCACCUGGUCUUGAAAGCUUUGUGCCCCUCGGCCAAGGCCAGAGAAGAAUCUGGGAUUGCAGCUUCAGACAUCGAAAACCAACUGAUCAAUAUUCUUGUUCUCGGUCGGCCAGAGAUGAUCCCGAACUGUUCAUGGAUUGACCUAUGCCUGAGGUCUGGCUUCGACCCAGGAAAUCUGGUUCGUGCUCACCCAGCCGAAUGUAUAGAGCAAUUGGUCCGUGUCAAUGCAGAUCCAGUGCAAUCUAUUGUUCCCAAUGUGAAUGCUGCGGUGUGGGCCGCAGCAGGUGACCUGGCCUUCGUUGCACCCGACGUCAUGGUCCCGCGCAUCGUUGCUCAGAUCACAGAGGACCUGGAUGGUGCCCGUCUAUCCAAGUUCACAGCUACUGAUGCUGCCAUUGCUCGCACCCCUGAGGGAACCGCGUUCAUUGAUGUGUUGAGUAGCAAGUCGAAGCAGCCAGCCUUUGAUAAGAAUACCAAGGACUACGAUACACUGAAGUGGGAAGAGGAACUGCGAGCCCAGCUGGCCGAGAAGAAGGGCCUGAAGCAAAAGAAGCUCUCGGCUGAGGAGCAAUCAAAGGUGAAUGCCCAACUUGCCAAGGAGGCUAAUAUUCGUGAAGAGGUUCUCCAGGAAGUCAAGCGCAUUGAACGGGGAGCCGGCCUUGUUCGGGGUCUGGCAACUGGUCCUGCCAACGACGCUGAAGGAUGGAUCAACGAGGCUGUUAGCCGUCUGCUUUCUCUUGCUCGGGCUGGCGCUGGACUCUUCGUCGGUGAUGUGGUUUCUCAAGCUUACAUCACUUGCUCCAACGAGUUGUCUUCGCGCUUGGGCAAUACCCGGCCUUUCGUGGGCAUUGCAACCUUGCGUGCUAUUGGUAGAACUAAUCUACCGGCAGAGAUGGAAUCGGAGCACCUUGGUCAACUCGUGACAAGAAUCCUGUACCGCCUGCGAUUUGCUUCCGAGCAGCGUCCCCUUGAUACCCCCUCUCUCGCUUACAUCCUGCCAUUGAUUUUCCUGAUCUUGAGCCAGAACGGAAUUGAAGAGGUAAAAGGAGAUCAGGAAGGUGAGCAGGUGCUGCUUGCGAUCGAAUUUUUGUCAUUCCACACCAGCUCCUUCACCGACGUUCGUCUUCCUCGCGUUGAAGUGCUUCAGCAGCUUCUUUCCGGCAUUCAGAGAUACACUCAACAUUAUAAGCUGAUCAAGGAUACCCUGUUCGAUUUCUGCCGCUGCAUUGCUCCCACUAUCACUAGUGAGGAGCUCCAAACCCUCUUACAAGGCACGAUCGUUCCCGACUCCUCCGUGCGGACUUCUGUACUCCAGGUCAUUGAUGCUGAGAUCGAUCUGACGGAUCUUGAUUUCUCGGAACACAUUUGGCUCGGCUGCCACGACCAGGUUGAGGAGAAUGUCGAGCUUGCUGAAGGCAUCUGGGACGAGAAUGCCUUGGAAGUGGACGACACUUCCUUCUCCAAGAUCAUGAAAUACUUGGACUCUGAGGACAGCCAGCUCCGUGGAGCUGCUGCUCGUGCAUUGGCCCACGCUAUAGAAUUUGACAAGAGCAAGUUUGCCGGUAUUCUGUCCGAGCUUGAGGCCAAAUACUCGGAGGAGGUCAAGCCCAAGGCCCCUGAAAAGGAUGCCUAUGGCAUGCCGAAGAAGAUGGAAAACACAGACAACUGGGUGAGCCGCAGUGGUAUCGCUCUGGCUUUCAACGCCAUGACAAACCUCUUUGAAGGCGAUCAGAUCAUUAACUUCUUGCAAUUCUUGAUUGAGCGCGGUCCCCUCGUCGACAAGAAUUCUUCCGUGCGUAUCCAAAUGGCAGAGAGUGGCAAGUCCGUCAUUGCCGAGCGAGGCCAGCAGAAGGUCGAGGAACUUAUGAAGCUACUCGAAACAGUUCUGGAGACCUCGGACAAGGCCACUCAGAGUUCUGAUCUGCUGAACGAGGCGGUUGUUGUGCUUUACGGAGCUUUGGCCCGACACUUGAAGGCAGAGGACCGUCGUCUACAGACAGUGGUCAAGAAACUUCUCGCGACCCUGCCUACCCCCUCUGAGACCGUGCAAUCUGCUGUUUCCGAGUGCUUACCUCCCUUGAUCAGGCUGUCUGGCCCUAAGACUGCCGAUUACGUCCAGGAGAUGCUCGACUCGCUGCUGAAUGUCAAGGACUACGCUACUCAGCGCGGUGCGGCCUAUGGUCUGGCUGGUAUUGUCAGCGGUAGGGGUAUCUCGACUCUGCGCGAAUUCCGCAUCAUGAGCUUGCUGAAGGAGGCCACCGAAAACAAGAAGGAGCCACAUCAGCGCCAGGGCGCGUUAUUAGCGUAUGAGCUGUUUGCCUCUAUCCUCGGACGGACCUUUGAGCCCUAUGUCAUUCAGCUUGUCCCUCAGCUACUCGCUGGCUUCGGCGAUCCCAGCAUUGAUGUUCGUGAUGCCUGUCUUGAUGCAUCCAAGGCCUGCUUCCAAAACCUCAGCUCCUAUGGUGUUAAGAAGAUUCUUCCCACCCUUCUCGACGGCUUGGACGACACUCAAUGGCGUAGUCAGAAGGGCGCUUGCAAUCUCUUGGGUGCCAUGGCUUACCUUGACCCGCAACAGCUUGCCGCCAGCUUGCCCGAUAUCAUUCCUCCUCUUACCAUUGUCCUCAAUGACACUCACAAGGAGGUCCGCAAUGCUGCCAACCGCAGUCUCCAGCGGUUCGGAGAGGUCAUUAGCAAUCCUGAAGUCAAGAGCCUGGUCAACGUCCUCCUCAAGGCUCUUAGCGAUCCCACCAAAUACACUGAUGAGGCUCUCGAUUCGCUCAUCAAGGUGUCGUUCGUGCACUAUUUGGAUGCUCCCUCGCUGGCUCUGGUUGUUCGCAUUCUUGAGCGUGGUCUUGCUGACCGCUCCGCCACCAAGCGCAAAUCUGCCCAAAUCAUCGGCAGCUUGGCUCAUCUUACUGAGCGUAAAGAUCUUAUUGCACACCUGCCGAUCAUCGUUGCUGGUCUCAACCUGGCCAUCGUCGAUCCUGUCCCGACUACCCGAGCCACCGCUUCCAAGGCUUUGGGUUCGCUUAUCGAGAAGCUUGGAGAGGAUGCUCUGCCAGAUUUGAUCCCCAACCUGAUGAACACUCUCAAGUCGGACACCGGCGCUGGCGACCGACUGGGAUCCGCACAGGCACUUUCAGAGGUGCUUGCGGGUCUGGGUACUACCAGGCUCGAGGAGACUUUGCCAACAAUUCUCCAGAAUGUGUCCAGCUCCAAGGCUGCUGUUCGUGAAGGCUUCAUGACUUUGUUCAUCUUCUUGCCUGCCUGCUUCGGUAACAGCUUCGCCAACUACCUCAGCAAGAUCAUUCCGCCCAUCCUUGCUGGUCUUGCUGAUGAUAUCGAGUCGAUCCGUGAGACUUCCCUCCGCGCUGGUCGCCUGCUUGUCAAGAAUUUCGCAACCAAGGCCAUCGAUCUGCUGCUUCCCGAGCUGGAGCGCGGCUUGGCCGACGACAGCUAUCGCAUUCGUCUCAGCUCCGUCGAGCUGGUUGGAGACCUGCUGUUCAGUCUUACCGGUAUCAGCGGCAAGUCGGAAGCCGAGGAAGAGGAGGAAGAAGCUACCCAGGCUGGCCAGUCCUUGCUCGAAGUUCUUGGAGAAGAGCGCAGGGAUAAGGUCCUUUCUGCUCUGUUUAUCUGUCGCUGCGAUACCUCCGGUAUGGUCAAGAGUGCCGCCAUGGGCGUCUGGAAGGCCCUUGUUGCCUCUCCGAAAACUCUCAAGGAGAUGGUGCCCACUCUAUCCCAGCUCAUCAUUCGCCGCCUCGGCUCGUCCAACAUGGAGCAGAAGGUCAUUGCUUCCAACGCCCUUGGCGAUCUUAUCAAGAAGGCUGGAGAAUCGGUGCUGUCCACCUUGUUGCCAUUGCUUGAGGAUGGUCUUCAGACCUCGCCUGAUGUCGACGUUAAGCAGGGUAUCUGUAUUGCUCUUCGCGAGCUUAUUACUGCUGCUACUCCUGAGGCUCUCGAGGAUUAUGAGAAGAUUCUCAUCUCCACUGUCCGUGUGGCUCUGGUUGAUAGUGAUGAGGAUGUGCGUGAGGCUGCCGCCGAAGCCUUCGAUGCUCUGCAGCAGAUCCUGGGCAAGAAGACCGUUGACCAGGUCCUGCCUUACCUGCUUCACCUACUGAGGAACGACGAGGAGGCCGAACAAGCCUUGUCUGCCCUGUUGACUCUGCUCACCGAGCAGACCCGAGCCAACAUUAUCCUUCCCAACCUCAUCCCUACGCUUCUCACGCCUCCAAUCUCUGCUUUCAAUGCCAGGGCCCUGGCUUCCCUGGCCGAGGUUGCUGGUGGUGCCAUGACGAGAAGACUGCCCAACAUUAUCAACGCUCUCAUGGACGGUAUCAUCCAGACCGACGACGAGGAGCUCCAGUCCGAACUCGAAUCUGCCUUGGAUACCGUGCUGGUGUCUGUGGAUGAAUACGAUGGCCUGAACACUGCCAUGAACGUGAUGAUGACCCUUGUCAAGCACGACGACCACCGCCGUCGGGCCAAGGCUGCUCUCCACCUCAACAAGUUCUUCUCCGAUGCCGAACUGGACUACUCGCGUUAUCAUCAAGACCUUAUUCGCGUCUUGCUGAUUUCUUUCGACGACUCAGACAAGGACGUUGUCAAGGCUGCCUGGGCUGCUCUCAGUGGUCUCACAUCUCACCUGCGCAAGGAGGAGAUGGAGGUUCUGGCGGUCCCUACUCGCCAGAUCCUGCGUCAAGUUGGUGUUACUGGCGCGGAUCUACCUGGCUUCAGUCUUCCCAAGGGUAUCAUGGCUAUUUUGCCGAUCUUCUUGCAAGGCCUUCUCAACGGAACCCCCGAGCAGCGCACUCAGUCGGCUCUCGCUAUUGCGGAUGUUAUCGACCGAACCGGAUCUAAUUCGCUCAAGCCAUUCGUCACUCAGAUCACUGGUCCUCUGAUUCGUGUGGUGUCAGAGCGUUCGGUUGAUAUCAAGUGUGCCAUUUUCUUCACCCUCAACAAGCUGCUGGAGAAGAUCCCUCUGGCUGUCAAGCCCUUCUUGCCUCAGCUUCAGCGUACUUUUGCCCGUGGUCUUGCCGAUUCCUCUAGCGAGACCUUGCGUAACCGUGCUGCCAAGGGUCUUGGUAUACUAAUCACUCUGACCCCCAGAGUGGAUCCGCUUAUCGCUGAGCUCAUUACUGGAUCAAAGACUACUGAUAUGGGUGUCAAGAAUGCCAUGAUGAAGGCCCUCCAGGAGGUGGUUGGUAAGGCUGGUGCCAACAUGAGCGAGGCAUCGCGCACUGCCAUCCUUGCCCUGAUCGACGAUGAUGCCAGCGAUGAGACGGACUCCGUCGCUAUUACCAAUGCUCGCCUACUUGGUGUCCUCGUGAAGGUGAUUCCGGCCGCAUCUGCGGUCCCUCUGAUUAGGCACCGCGUUCUUACGGGGCACUUCUCGCACGCAUCUAUUCUUGGUCUCAACGCUCUCCUUGCCGAAGCUCCUGCCACUCUGAUGGAGAACUUUGUUACCGAGACCUCGGCCGCUAUUUGCCAGGGCAUCACCCACAAGGACCCCUUCAUUUCCGACAACAGUGUACUCGCUGCUGGCAAGUACCUGUUAUCCGAAGAUGGUGACCACAGCUUCGAGACUCACAAGACCAUUUUCGAGGCCCUGACGGCUGCUAUCCAGCCCGGAGGUCCCGUCGACACCCGUCGACUGGCUCUUGUCGUCAUUCGCACCGUCAGCCGCCUGCACCCAGAGUUGACCCGUCCUCAUUUGGCCCUCCUCGCACCGCCUGUCUUCGCUGGUGUUCGCGACCUGGUGAUUCCCGUGAAGCUGGCUUCCGAAGCCGCUUUCCUGUCACUCUUCUCCGUUGUGGACUCGGACAGCGAGGUGUUUGACAAGUACAUGGCUGGUCCCGGUGCCUCGCUAGCCCCCGGGCCGAAGCGUAGCAUGUCGGAUUACUUCAAGCGAGUUGCUAUGCGCCUUGCCACCCAGGCCCGCGAGCGCCGGGUCGCCGAGGGUGGUGAAGGUGGUCUGGGCUUGUCGAAUGAUGAGGUGGAGGAUGAGAAGGAGGUGUGGAGUAUUGGCAAGGUGGAUCUGGGAGAUGAUUCAUUUGGCGAUGACUGA